AUGCUGCCCCGCAGUCUGCUGGGUCUGCUGGGUCUGCUGGGUCUCCUCGCGCUCUGCAAAGGUGAGGAGGAGAGCGGCGAGGGCGAGUCCUGCGACAACUUCACGGACCUCAACCUGUCGCACUGCUUCAUGGGAACCAGCCUGUACGUGCGGCUGCUGCUCUACACGCGCUCCAACCUGGACUGCGGCCGCGAGCUCCACCACCACCGCCCGGCCUCGCAGCCGCUCUUCAACCUGACCCGCCCCACCGCCUUCGUCAUCCACGGCUACCGGCCCACCGGGGCGCCCCCCAUCUGGGUGGACCACCUGGUGCACCUGCUGGCCGAGCAGCGGGACAUGAACGUGGUGGUGGUGGACUGGAACAAGGGGGCGGCCAACCUCAACUACUUCACCGCCGUCAGCUACACCAGGGAGGCGGCCUACAACCUGACCGGCUUCCUCGUGACCAUGCAGGAGGGAGGAGCCUCUCUGAGCUCCGUCCACCUCAUCGGCGUCAGUCUGGGGGCUCACCUGGCCGGGUUUGUGGGGGCCAACCUGAAGGGGAAGAUCGGACGCAUCACAGGUCUGGACCCGGCGGGGCCGAUGUUCACCAGCGCCACAGCCGAGGAGAGGCUGGACCCUUCGGACGCCAUGUUUGUGGACGUGCUGCACACCGACAUGAACUCAUUCGGGCUGCAAGGAGCUCACGGACACAUCGACUUCUACGCCAACGGGGGAGCCGACCAGCCGGGGUGCCCCAAAACCAUCUUUGCAGGUAAGUCGUACUUCGUGUGUGACCACCAGCGCUCGGUGUUCCUGUACCUGUGCGCUCUGAACCGGACCUGCAGCCUCACGGGGUACCCCUGCUCGUCCUACAGCGACUUCCUGGAGGGGCGCUGCCUGCAGUGCGAGACCUUCAAACCGGCGUCCUGCCCCGUGCUCGGUUACGACUUGAGCCAGUGGAGGGAGACUCUGCUGCGACUGCGCCAGACCAGAGUCUUCUUCAGCACCACAGCAGCGCUGCCCUACAGGAAGCUGAACUACAGAGUGGACCUGGUGACCUGGAACCAGUACCUCCGCUGGGGGGUCGUGUACAUCCGGCUGCACAGUGGCAGAAACUUCACGGAGGUCCGCAUCGACCAUAAGCGGCUGCGGUUCGAGCAGUACACUUCCACGCGGCUGCUGGCCCAGUUCGACGAGGACCUGCAGCCGGUCCACAAGAUCUCGAUGCGCAUCAACACCGGCAACGUGAUCGGCCCCCGUUACAAGAUCCGACUGCUGCGGAUCCGCUUCACGCCGCUGGAGCGCCCCGAGAGGCCUUUAAUGUGCCGCUACGACAUCAUCCUGGAGGAGAACAUGGAGGUGGCGUUCCGACCUUUACCCUGCAGCUCCCACCUCUGACUCCCCGACCGGGCUCCCCUCCUCUUCCUCCUCCUCCUCCUCUUCCUCCGCCCGUGGAGACACAUCUGAACUCACCCGGAGCCCCAGACGUCCUACAGGGUGCUACAGGGUCUCCUGCAGGGGCCCGGCCACGGGAGGAGCUGCAGCCUCCUCACCUGAUGAUGAAGAUGAAGGUGAUGAAGAUGAUAAUGAAGGUGCUGUGAGAGUCAACAUAUUUACUCUCUGCUGAUUGUUGAUGAGCCAACGAGAUGAAAACGUCCCGGAGAGAUCGGAGAGAGCCGAUAGGUUCAAAUAUGCAAAGAGUUACAGAGAAGAAGGGCAAUAAAAAACAUCUUUAUGAGAUAAAAGUUGUACAUUUACAAGAAAUAAAAAGUCAAAUAUUAGAUUAACGUAGUAAAUGUGCCCCAAAAAACCCUCACAGAUUUAUGAGAAAAAAACCAGUAUAUAUUCUGAGAUUAAAAAAGGUACAUUUAUGGUCAAAUAAAAAAUAUAAUAUACAAGAAAAAUUCUUAAUCAUUCUCUGAGAUCAAAAAAUCUUUAUUUGCUUAUUUUCUCCAAAAAGAAUGAACCUCGUCACGCCGACCAGAUGUUCCCGUGACUUUAUAUUAUAUAUAUUAUAUUAUUACUUUAUAUUUCCUCAGUCCGUGGGUUUAAAAACAUUCACUGCUAUAAACCGUCUUUUUCACAGGAUUAUGGGGAUAAAAGUAAUUUCAGAACAUUAAUGAAUUUCCCCCCAAAAAAACCAAUUUCUUUUAAUUCUUUUUU